AUGUCCGAGCUGUCGGCACGUUGGUGUGCCGUGCGACACAACCGCCAAGUCACGACGGUGCCUGACGCAGAGCUCGGGGUGUCUGGCUGGUGCUCUGCUCCCUUCGCUUGCCGACGGGAUUCCAGGUUACGUUACCUGGUGCCACAAGCAAUUGCCCAGCGGCAAAGACCGACUUGCCCAGCCGCCUCUCGUCCUUCACGGGUUCCUUCUGCUCUCCCUGUGGCCCGGCUGCUUGCUCCCUGCUUUGCAGCAGAAUGGACUGCCCUUAGCAUCAGUGGCAUGAAUACAAGCAAGAGUGAGACAGCGAAAGAGCAUCCAUUAAAACCCUCUAGAAGAUCUAUGCCGUGCCUAGCCCAGAGCCAAACACACCCUCAGGGUCUGAGCAAGCAUUCGUCAUUUCUGCAGCCAAAUCGUGUGCAGCCACAGCCCCGGCCUCAGCCUCUAAGUGCAGGGACAUCUACAGCUACAGUGGAUGUAGUGUCAGAACGAGCUAAAGUGAUGGAGACUUUGGAAAACAACUUGCUUAAGCUGUCUAAUACAGAAUACGGUGAUCCAUUUUUAGACGUAGGGAAGGACAAAGACACAUACACAGAUGAUUCAGAACAUGGAAAUUACGAUGCUCGUACAGAUCAGUCAUUGCUUAUUCAAAACAAGCUUACCAGACAGAAGACAGAACCUCGGACUAAAUCAUCUUUAAAGGACACUGAUGCCAUGGCAUCAUCGGGCCUCUUCUUCAAAGACGGCAAAAAACGCAUUGAUUACAUCUUGGUCUACAAAAAGUCAAGUCCGCAGGUAGAAAAAAGAAGCACGUUUGAGAAGAAUUUGAGAGCAGAAGGGUUGAUGUUAGAGCGAGAGCCAGCUGUUACAAACAGUGAUAUCAUGUUUGUUAAAAUUCACUGUCCAUGGGAGACGUUGUGCAAAUACGCAGAAAGAAUGAACAUCAGGAUGCCUUUCAGGAAAAAAUGUUAUUACACUGACUGGAGGAGCAAAACCAUGGGCAGUUUGCAGAGGAAUAUGAGAGAACUGAAGAGCUGGUUGCCCAGAAAUCCAAUGAAGCUUGAUAAGGAGGCCCUGCCUGAUCUGGAGGAAACAGAUUGCUACACGGCACCCUUUAGCCGCGCACGCAUACACCAUUUUACAAUAAACAACAAAGACAGCUUCUUCAGCAAUUCCACAAGAAGUAGAAUCGUGCAUCACAUGCUACAGAGAACUAAGUAUGAAGAUGGAAAAUCCAAAAUGGGUAUUAAUAGAUUACUAAAUAAUGGAACGUAUGAAGCAGCUUUUCCACCACAUGAGGGAAGCCACAAAAGCAGACAUCCCAUCAAAACACACGGAGCUCAGAAUCACAGACACCUCUUAUAUGAGCGCUGGGCACGGUGGGGAAUGUGGUACAAAUACCAGCCUCUCGAUUUAAUCAGGCGAUAUUUUGGUGAAAAAAUUGGACUGUAUUUUGCCUGGUUGGGGUGGUAUACUGGAAUGCUUAUUCCUGCUAUUUUCCUCUAUGGAUUAUUUACAAUGGAUUCCAGCCAAGUAAGCAAAGAGAUCUGCGAGGCAAAUGAAACCAUCAUGUGCCCUAUGUGCGAACGCAAUUGCACACUACAAAAACUCAAUGAAAGCUGCAUAUACGCCAAGGUUACACAUUUGUUUGAUAACGGAGGGACUGUCUUCUUUGCUAUUUUCAUGGCAAUUUGGGCUACAGUCUUUCUAGAGUUUUGGAAAAGACGGAGAGCUGUAUUAACCUAUGACUGGGACCUCAUAGACUGGGAAGAUGAAGAGGAGGAGCUGCGCCCCCAGUUUGAAGCUAAAUAUUCCCAAGUGGAAAGAGUAAAUCCCAUCACAGGAAAACCUGAACCUUUUCAGCCUUUCCCUGAUAAGCUCAGUCGACUGAUGGUGUCUGUCUCAGGAAUAUUCUUCAUGAUUUCCCUGGUCCUCACCGCAGUGUUUGCAGUUGUGGUGUAUCGCCUGGUAGCCAUGGAACAGUUUGCUUCUUUCAAGUGGUAUUUCAUCAAGAAAUAUUGGCAGUUUGCAACAUCUGGAACUGGAGUCUGUAUCAACUUUAUGAUCAUCAUGUCACUCAAUGUUGUAUAUGAAAAGGUUGCCUAUCUUCUGACAGACUUAGAGCACCCGAGGACAGAAUCUGAAUGGGAAAACAGCUUUGCCUUGAAAAUGUUCCUCUUCCAGUUUGUCAACUUGAACAGCUCCAUCUUUUACAUUGCCUUUUUUCUUGGCAGAUUUGCAGGCCGCCCAGGAAAGUACAACAAGCUUUUUAACAGAUGGAGGCUGGAAGAGUGUCAUCCCAGUGGCUGCUUGAUAGAUUUGUGUUUGCAAAUGGGAGUCAUUAUGGUUUUAAAACAGAUGUGGAACAACUUCAUGGAACUAGGCUAUCCUUUAUUACAGAAUUGGUGGUCACGACGCAAAAUGAAGAGAGGAGGGCAAUUAAUGGAGCAUAAAAUUUCUCUACCUCAGUGGGAAAAAGAUUGGAAUCUGCAGCCUAUGAACCUCCAUGGUUUAAUGGAUGAAUACUUAGAGAUGGUUUUACAGUUUGGCUUUACCACCAUCUUCGUUGCUGCCUUCCCUCUGGCACCUCUCCUGGCGUUGCUUAACAAUAUCAUAGAAAUAAGGUUAGAUGCAUACAAGUUUGUCACGCAGUGGCGAAGACCUAUGCCUGCAAGAGCAACAGAUAUAGGUAUCUGGUAUGGAAUUCUGGAAGGAAUUGGAGUUCUGGCUGUCAUCACCAAUGCCUUUGUUAUUGCCAUUACUUCCGAUUACAUUCCCCGUUUUGUCUAUGCAUAUAAAUAUGGUCCUUGUACAGAUCAAGGGUACAGACAAGAAAA